AUGCGCAAGCGUGCCUUCUUGAGUGGGGAUUGGCUGGCGACGGGCCGGGCCGGGGCGGGACUCCAGCCUCGGCGCACGCUCUGUGGGCGGAGAGGGCGGGGUUGCCGGUGCCAGUUGGUCCGAGUGUCCAGGCCUGAGGUAUCCUCCCGAUCCCUCCCCCUGCCGGCGCCUCAAACGGCAGACCAUUCAUCAAGAAUUUUGUAUCCAAGACCCAAAAGUUUGUUACCGAAGAUGAUGAAUGCUGACAUGGAUGCAGUUGAUGCUGAAAAUCAGGUGGAACUGGAGGAGAAAACACGACUUAUUAAUCAAGUGUUGGAACUCCAACACACCCUUGAAGAUCUCUCUGCAAGAGUAGAUGCAGUUAAGGAAGAAAAUCUGAAGCUAAAAUCAGAAAACCAAGUUCUUGGACAAUAUAUAGAAAACCUCAUGUCAGCUUCUAGUGUUUUUCAAACAACUGACACAAAAAGCAAAAGAAAAUAAGGGAUUGAUAUCCCUUAUGUCUUAUGGAAUUGCUGCUGAUCUUUUUUUCUUUAAAACUUGGAUAGAUUCCAAAAGUUAUAGUACUUUUGUUUGUGGCUUCACUGAGUAUUUAUGAAGAUAGUGUCAGAUCUAAGCAAAAUUAAGAGCAUAACAGAAGACUUCCAUGAGUUUGUGUAUUAUGUUAGUCUAUGAAAAUGUGCAAAGGUAUUGUAGAGACUUUAUAAUUAGAAAUGCAUAUAUUUAUGAAACUUGAAAAUGAAUGUUAUAUCAAAUUUGCUUUUAUAGGUUUAGCAUUGUCUUUUAUUAUAGGCAUAGUUAGAGAUACAAGAAAAUAACCACCGUGUUGUGAAAAAGUGACCAAAAUCACGUACUGAAUGCACAGCUUUAUAUACCCUGUCCACCAUCGUGUGCCUCUUCUCCAUUUGCUUUCUUCCCAUUUUCCUUCCCCUAAGGAAAAAAUUGGUUUCACAUUUGUAAAAAGUAAUUUCAGUAGUUAA